AUGUGCAAAUUGAAAUUGCCAGUCCCUACGUGAUGUGGAAUAGGAAGGAAAGUCAGUGUUUUGGUGUUGGAAACAAAUUAAAAAGUGGGCGAAUUCUUCAGUUUUGUAAUAAAAUUAGAAGAACAUAUUUUAUUUAUUCGAUUGAUUUACUACCUGUGAAUUGCUAAUAAAUAUUAUGCAUCUUUUGUAAAAUUAAAAAUGCAUUUUUCAAUUCCUGAUUCGCAACAAUUUCACGAUGACAAUGGGAUCUCAUACACGGGCUACAACAUACACAUCGACGGUGUCUUCCACUGCACUGCUCGGUAUAAGCAACUGCUCAGUUUACAUGAGCAGUUACAAGCGCAAAAUCCCUAUAUCAAAUUACCACAGUUCCCACCCAAAAAGUUGUUCCUCACCAGCUCACAACUCGAAGAGAGAAGAAUCUUAUUGGAAAAGUACAUGCAACUAGUUGGCCAGAACCCAUUGUUUACAACAUCUGACCUUCUGAUAACAUUCCUGUUUUCCGCUCAACAAGAGACCCAUAAUGUCAAGAUGCAUGAAGUAGAAAUUGAAAUAUCUCUGAUGAAUGGGUACAGAAUACCUCUGUCUGUGUCAUCAACUGACUCAUCAAAUACAAUAUUAGAUAUUGCAUGCAACUACAUAAACCUGCCCAAGGAGUUCGUCAAAUAUUUUUCCUUAUACCUUUUUAACUGGAGUUGCGCUAAAGAUGGCCAGCCAGCACUAAAAAAAUUGGAGGAGUAUGAAUCACCGUACAUAUCCCAAAAAUAUGUGAGGCCAGAGGAUAAAAUUGUUUUGAGGAAAAGCUACUGGGACCCCUGUUAUGAUGUGAACCUAAUGAUGGACAGAGUUUCAUUGGACCUAUUAUAUCUUCAAACAAUAGAGGACUUAGAUUUGGGCUGGUUAACAGCAGACCCACAAACUAAAGAAUUACUUUCUGCACAUGAAUCUAAGAAACAAAAGAAAGAGUACCUAGAACUAGCAAAAACCCUGCGACAUUACGGCAGGAUACCAGCCGGGGAGGCAGUGACAGAAUGUAGCAACAUAUCUGAAGAGGCCGGUGAAGGCACGUGUCGGGUUCGCGUGUCCCUCGCGUCUAAGGAGCUCACACUGCUCGGCCUCGCGCCUCCCGCCCGCGAGCAACGCUACAAGGUCACAAGGAUGCGCUGUUGGAGAAUCACUACGUUGCACUCGAUUGAAAGGUCACCAACUCAAAACGGUCAUGGCUCUCUUCUCGAAGAUUCGAAUAAAAACUUCGAGCUGUCGUUUGAAUAUCUCAUUAGUAAAGACAAUUUGAAAUGGAUAACCUUGAGAACUGAGCAUGCAACGUUCAUCAGCGUUUGUUUACAAUCGAUAGUGGAUGAACUAAUGCGUCAGAAGGCGGGCGCCGGUCCUAUAUCGCCGCGAUGCAGUAAGCGAGGCAGUCUGACGUACCUCAGACGCGAUGGCUCCAGUCAGGUCAUCACGCCAUCCUCGUCUAGCGACACGCUAAGUUCUACCAAUGGAGAUUCAUUCAACUCUGGCAGUUCGAGAGAAAUAUUUUCCGUUCAGAAGUUGACGGAAAAGUUCGCGACUGUAUCGUUCAAGCCCGGCAGAGAAUGCGUCGAGAACAACGCCUUCGAAGCAAUUGGAGACGAAGAACUAUAAGGGCUUCUCUUCCCUCGAAUUUAACUACAAUAAUGUUUUCCAAAGAAAAAUUAUCACUCGGAAACAAAGUUGCCAAUAAUGUUUAUAAACUUGUAAAAAUUGUAUACAUAUUUGCAUUUUUUCGUAUUUGUACAGAAUUAUUUUUUUAUCUAAUUGUCUUGAUAGGUAGUUUUUACAUAAUACCUACUAAUGUAAGUGCGUGGCUAUGAAUACUGUUUAUAUCAAACUGUACGUCAUAUCAUAUCGAACACUGUACUUGCCAUAUUAUGUGAGUGUAUGUUCUAGUUACUAAGUAACAAUAAUAUGUUUACUUUACGUGAAAUUGUUAAUGAAAUUAUUUUGAUAAAUAUUUUAGGUAUACAUAUUUUUUUAAUAAUUAAGUGGAAUUGUAUUGAUUAGUCAUUGUUUAUUGAAUUGUAUGAAUAGUAUCGGUUUAGGGAUUGUGUUACGAAUUUUGGGAGUAUGUUUGGCUGAUAACAAAACUUAUGUAUAAAUUGAAAUUGAAACCGACCGAAAAAUGGCAGUCCGUCCGGGUGACUCACAGAAAGUAUGAAAUACAGGAAUUAAUAUGCAUUAAUUUUAUUAUGAAAUUGUCUUGAUUAGUAACUUCGAAAUUUUUCCUUGUAGGUAGGUAUUGUUUUGUUUUUCCUGUCUUGCCUAUGUUCGAUCAAGUUUGAUUAUAUUUUUAGUCUUUAAUGCAUAAAGAUUUAUACUUCGUUUUUAUAUACCUACUCGCGCAUUUAUGCUCGUUGAUCAAAAGAAGAAAAAGAGAGCUUCAUCUCCCUCUGGCUCUGUUAUUUGGAGCUCGUUGUGUUUAUACGUUUGUUAACUAAACGAUUUAAAAAACUUCCUUACGUAUUUUUAACAUUAUUGAACAAUAGUUAUAUACCGUUGUAAAAUCGUUAAAGAUCUCGCCCGACUAAGAAGAAAAAAAAAACAUUUCGUCUAGAAUUAAUAUACAGAUCUGAACCAAUUUUCCGUAAUUAUUAUGUUAAAGUAUAAUAGUUCAUAAAUAGUUGUAGUACGUAAAAAUCGUAGCACACAUCGACUCUCGGAAACAGAUUGAAAACAUAUAUCAAGAGGACCUAUUAUCCUGAAGCUAGGCGAUUACGAUUAGUCAGUUUCGUAACGAAUUAUUCUGAACGUUGAUAUGAUGGCGAUUUCCUUCCCGAAUUGUUGUGUGCUACGACCCCAAAUGAGUGAAUAUGUGAAAACUGUGUGAUAAUGCUGUCUAUACAAUGACAAAAUUGUCUUGAAAUUAGUGCGAUUGAAUGCAUGAAUUAGCCUUAAUGGGGUGUUUGACAAUAAAUUACUAUCGAUAUAAAACUUCGAAGCCAAAUUGUAAGAUGAAAUAUUUAUGCUUCUAUGUCCAUCCCUGGCAUUGGAAUCAUCCUGCGUUCGUUCACAUCACGCACUCAUUCGAACACUGUAAACUAUAGAUAGCCAACCUCUUUACGUCGUCUAUGCCAGUCAAAGGUUUUAUUGUCGUCAAACACAAUUUUUAGCACUAGUAACACGUUAGCGGGUUAUGUAUGGUCAACAACAAAAGUUUAAGAAAUUAUCAAUAAUUAAUAGAAUAGAAAAUUAAUAUUUUUCUCAAGCUACAGUAGAAAAUAUUCUUUGUUAUUAUUCUUCUAUCUAAUAAGUGAAUGUGCUACUUUUAAGUGUUCAUUAUCAUAAACUUACUACUUUUCUUUAUAUUUGCUUGUUGACUAUACAAACCAAAAUCUAACCUGGAAUAUGCGUAUCUGUAAUAUACCUACCAUAAGAAUUUUCUUGUUUUUUAAGCUGCCUUAGCUUUGAGGCAAAACUGGCCCUUUUGCAUUUUAUUCAAAAGACAUCUUUCUGAUUACGUAUUCAGAUGUAUUUAUUUAUUAUUGUAUCUUGCAUUGCAAGGCUUUUAUUUGUUACUUUUGUUUUAACUAAGUCAAUAUCUUGAAAUGCGCAUUGCAAGAGAAUGCUAUCUCUUUCUAGCCGUCACUUUUUUGCCAUAUUUUCAACAUGCUAUAUUUUUAGGCGCACAUUUUUGUUUCUAAUGUUUACUAAUAUUUACCUUUACGUAAGUUGCUCAAAGAAUCAAGAAUUAAAAAAGACGUAGAAUAAUCAAUUACUUAAAUCAAACUAAUUUUAACAUAUCUGAAAUUAUUUAUACCAUACUAAUUGCCAAUUGUUGACUUGAAAAGGUGAAUUUUAAUUAUUGUUAUAAAAAUCGUGUUAUUUUUAAAGGGACCACAUAUUUAUGUCGUAUAUUGUAUUAAAAUAUCAAUCUUUCUUAGUGGCCAUAAUAUAUUUUGUUGCCAUACUUGUUUUUGUGAUUCUCCACUUGUAUUAAAUUCUUUGAAUUCUGUAUUUUACCAGGUUUUUAUUUUGUACUUUGUAAAUUUAAUAAAAUCGUUUCUAUUAA